UCACCAUCUCUCCUCAGCCCAUCACUCUCCACCUCUCCUCAGCCCAUCACUCGCCAUCUCUCCCCAGCCCAAUGCUCAUACCCUGGCUGAACAAGCGCCUAAUCUCUAGCCGCCAGUGAAGGCUCGAGGGUCGUCGGAUUCCUGUUAACGAAAGGAUGCGGUGCCGCAAGUUUUUUGGACAAGGUUUGGUUGGGAUCUAUCUAUGGAUGGCGGUCCUUUUCAAAGGGUCCCUACAGGGGGAGCACCAGCGCAGACUGUACAAGGAGCUGAUGGCCAACUACAAUCGUCUGGAGAGACCAGUGAUCAACGACUCCUCUCCUCUUCUGGUGGAGCUGGGAAUGACUCUGCUGCAGAUCAUAGACGUGGAUGAGAAGAACCAGGUCUUGAUGACCAAUGCAUGGCUACAGCUGUACUGGACUGAUGUGUACCUGAGCUGGAACCCAGAGAAAUACCCUGGGGUUCAGAACCUACGUUUCCCCUCCAGCCAGAUCUGGACCCCUGACAUCCUCCUCUACAACAGUGCUGAUGAAAGGUGUGAUGCUCCUUCCACAACUAACCUAAAGCCGUGCUGUCGUGCAAUGCGUCAGGUUUACUGCCCAUGA